AUGGAAAACAAGGACGACGAUGAUCCAUCGAAAAUCGCGGAUCAAACCAAGGUGGUCGCCUUGUAUGACUUCGAUCCCCUGAAGAUCGACUGGCCCUUCAACCGCCAGAAGCCCCUGGCCCUGAGCACUGGACAGGUUGUAGAGAUCGUCCAUGAUGAUGGCUCUGAGUGGGCCCUCGGUCACCUCAAGGGCGUGCCCGAAACCCUCGGCUACUUUCCGAAGAAUUAUACAGUCUCGGUCGGGGAGUACCAAGAGAUGAUGAGGGACUUCGAAAACCAGGAGCAGCAAGAUGGUGACGAGGAGGCGGAGGAGCAGACUGGCCCACCGGCCACCAGAGCGAUCCCAGCUGGCCCGCUGCCGGCACCGCUAGUGGAGCAGCAGGCACAGCUCUAUUAUGAUGAGAUGAAGGACUCGUCCAAGAAAGGCAAAGAGCCCAAGCAGGACACGGAGCUGCCGGAGCUGGUCUACCCAGGCAUCUCCGAGUAUCCGGCCAUCGAAGCACGCCCGCCGCAGGUGACGGCUUUCGAGGUCACGAAGUCGCGGAUGCUGCGAGAGAUGCCCCCCGUGCCAGAUCCGGCUCCCGAGGAGCCGGCACCACCGGAAGACGACAUCGUGGCUGCCCGGUGGCAGGUGGAAGCUGAGCUGAAGGCCAAGGAGGACAUCAUGGACAUCAAAGGCGGCGUGAUCACGUACUCGCGCAGCUCCACGCCGGCCACCAUGGCCGCCUCACGGCCCGAGCGAGACUUUGUGCGCAAGCAGCCCGUGCACCACAUGCGGCAAGAGCAGCUCCGUGGAAUCACGCAGCUCAUGGACGUAGUAGACACCCAUGCACGCGUGGCCUGGGAGCUGAAGCAGCAACCUUACAAGACGGAUCUGCGGGCCCGGCAUACGACACUCCGCGUGGCCGCCGGCAUUGAUCCCGGGAUCAUGCGCUUUGCCCUGCAGCGUGCCAACGAGACCGGUGCCAAGUGGAAACAAAUGUUUAGACCUGGCUUUAACGACAUGGUCAACGAGUCUUUCAAGGUGGGCUGCAACUCCUGCAUCCUCAGCCAACUCUACCUCCGUGACAAGGAAGCCAAAGAGCAGUUCCAGAAGCUUCAUGUCAAGGAUGUGAAUGGCGUGGUCUGGUUCGAGCUUCAGCGAAAAAAGGCUCACCUCUUCUACAUGCGAAUGGAUUUCACGGACGUGAUGAUGGCCCACCCAGAUGCCUGGGGGUUCCCUGACAUCAGCCGGGUGGUGGCCGCGAACCCGGGAGAGCCAGUGAACCCCUUCCAUGGCUGGUAUGCGCAACACUCCAUCAACCCAGAGGCUGAGUUGGAGGACGUCGAGUUUCGCUACACACUGCGCUUGCGCAGCUUCCCCGAGACGACCUUCCAGGCCCUGGCUUUGGGCAAGGUCCCGGAGUGGAUCAAGCCCUACCUGGCCCUGCAUGCGGAGGCCGAAGCUCCCGACGACCUGGCCAUCUCUGAGGACGAAGAGGCUGGUCCAACAGAAGCCGGGAAGGCGAUCGAGCUGGAGAACAACCUCAUGAUGGAGGCGGGCCUGGAGGAUGGCGACAACCUUUAUGUGAAGCUAGACGAGCUGAAACUAGCUCGCGAGCGCACAACGGGGCCCGAUGUUCUUGACGCCGACUUGCGGGCAUAUCGACUCAAAGGGCUCAGCGCGAUGCGCAUUUUCCUCCGGAGUCGCGGGAAUCCCGACAGUCGCAAGGAGGUCAUCAUCAGCCCAAAGAUGGUUAAAGACAUGGCAGCGCAGCUCGGAAUUCAGAAGAGCCCGGGACACUACUGGUACUGCAUGUUUGCCUUGCGCUACCCGCUGGCAUCGGAGUGGGAAGCCGUGGUGCGAGAAGAUACGCGUUGGUACCUCAAUCUGCAGCAUGACACAGCUCAGCCGAUCCAUCCCAUGAUCAAGAAGUUUCGAGAGCAUCUUGGGGAUGUCAUCGCGAACGAGUUCCUCUGGGACUUCCGCGGGUUUGUGAAGAUGAAGUGCAGCGAGUGCGGGCUUCCAGACUCAGUGGUAUGGUGCCAGCAGUGUACUGACUACUUUUGCGCUCCGUGCUUUCUGUUGAGCCACAAGUCCCGGCGGGGUCGGAAGCACUGGCCGCUUCCCGUGCCCGGCUGCAGAUACCUGACCAUGCCGGAAACAAAACGCUUCGAGGAGCAGCUGCCGCUGCUGAACGUGGGCUUUUCCAACCGGCGGCGCUUCCUCGCGCGGGACAAUCAGUCCGACAAGAACGGUGACCGCAGCGGCGACACCUGGCUCUGGUUCCACACGGAUACGUUCCAGGCAGCGCUGAUGCAGACCCCACAGAACCACUGGUGUCUGAAGCGCCGAGAGCCUCCACGAUUGCCUCCAGGCGUGGACGGCUACUUCUACAACUUCGCCACGGAUACAGUGGCGGAUGAUGUGUCCUACAUUCUGACAUCGCAACAAGAAGCGUGUGCAGUUGCUCUCAUGCAGCGCCACAUCCGUGGUGCACUGACCCGCAGGGCGAUCAAGAAGCAGACCACUGCGGCCCUGAUCUUCCAGAAGACAAAGAUGAUGUGGGAUGUGCAGCGCAUCCAUGGCAGCAGCGGCAAGAACGCGGCCAUCAUCAAGGCCUGGUUCAGAAAGCACCGGGCCCGCGAGAAGAAGGAUCGGGUGCAGUACAGCGCGUCCAAACUCCAGGCCAUCUGGAGAGGCAUCCUCACACGACGGCGCACGCGCAGCAAGCUGGCCAGCACCACCCGCUUCCAGGCGUCCUGGCGUGCAUUUGCGGACCGCCGACGCCUGGAGGUACGCUGGGCGGCCGUCGUCUCCAUCCAGAAGGUUAUCCGUGGCUACAUCCACGGCCGGAACCUACUCCGCAUGCGGCAUAAGUCGGCCGCGAGAAUCCAGGCUCUCAUCCGGGGCAUUUUCCAGCGGCAGCGGCUCGCGAAGCGCCUGGCAGCAGCAAAUCGGAUCCAGGCUCGCGUUCGUGGCCUCUUUGGCCGGAAGCAGGUUGUGAACAUCCAGACAGCUGCUGGGAAGCUCCAACGUAACUGGCGGCGAUUCCAGGCACAGCUGCAGGUGAAACAGAUGCUCUAUGAGCGCAUGGAAGUCCUUCGCCUGAAGCGCCUGGACAUCUUGCGCCAAAAGCUCCAGGUGGCUGCCAGCAUCGUUCUGCAGAGGAACUGGAGACGCCAUGUGGAUGCCCAGAAUGCCAUGGAGGAGCGCAAAGAGAAAGGCGACGCGGACAAGCGCACCACGACCAUGUUGGUUGCGCUGUUCCAGGGCGCUUCUGCGUUGCGGCAUUACAUCCACCCCUGGUGGCGGCACCUGCCUCCGCAGAUCCAAGCCAUCCUCAAGGAGUUGAAAGGCCCGCUCCAAAGGAGCAUCGCUCUGCUCCCUGUGACUGGCAAGCUGGGCUCGGAAGAGCUGGGAAGGCGUGGCCUCAACGUGGCCGGCAUUGAGCACCUGCAGUCCUUGCAGACCUCCAAAGAUCCGGACCUCGCCUCACACCUGCUUCUGCAGGUCAGCAGGCACUUGCUUUCUCAUGUGCCAGCAGAGCUCUUCCCGGAGACCAUGAAGUGGGCCUGCUAUGCCAUCGGCCACCAGGCCGUGAAACUGUACGACACCAAGGGCUUCUAUGCCCAGGAGGACAUCCCGGUCGGUAAAGAGAUGCCACCGCAUCCAAACGACAGCCUCCACUCGCUCUACAAGGAUAUGGACAACUACAAGACGCGCGCGGACUCGAUGAUGGCCUUUCCGUCCGAGGCCAUGCCGAUGCUGACCUUGGCAGGAAUGCCGUCCCAUCAUCGGCACGUCUUCUUGACUGCAGAGGUUCUGGUCACAAUGAGGCAGGCCAUGGAUUCACCGGCCAUUUCGACGGAUGACCACCUCAAGUUCCAGGGCCUCGACGCCUCCGCUGGAGCUCAGCUCAUGGAGGUGCUGGCUGCUGAGCUGGAGCACCGCUUGCCGUUAGACUGGCCCAACCAGCACGGGACGGUGGCUGCGCUGGCACAACAGCUUGGCUCCCACAUCAUGGAGGUGAAGAAGGCCAGCGCCAAACCCUAA